AUGGAAGAACAGCCAUCUACCGAGCGCCCCACAUUGGGGCAACUCAUCCACUUGUUUAUACUGCUCGUGGUUAAUAGUCUCACAGCUUUCGGUCUCUUUGUCCUCCUGCUUAGGAGUCUUUGGUCGAUUGGGUCCAACACAACCACCAUUGAAACUUGGGAAAUUGAGAGACAUGCUACUCUUGUCCGUCGAGCCCGUGUGCUUGGGGGGUAUCUUGAGGGUCCUGGAGGAAUUCGAGUUCAUAUUAAAAAGCAGGAAUACCCAUACGACAUUGGAAUUUGGGCCAACAUCAAGCAAAGUAUGGGCGGGAGCGCGAAUUUUUUAAGCUGGUUCUGGCCACUGGCUGCAACACCCGAUCGUCGAACUGGCUGGGAAUUUGAGACCAAUGACUUCGAGGAUCCCGGUGUUUCAUGGCCACCUCCAGAUCCAGACCGAAUCCCGAUACCAGCCAGUGCAAGGCCGCCAGGUAAUAUCAGCAUGCCCACAUACGCAACUAUUCAAGACGAGAUUGAUGCCUUCAAUCGUCGCAAAGAGGAAGACAUGAAGAGAUUUCAGAAAAUACCGGGUCUACAACGUCGCAAACCAUUUCACGAUCGCUACAAAAAGGGCGAAAAUGCUCGAGGUGAUAGCGAUGAGUCCGAACCCGACUACGGGGAUGACUUAGAGGGCGAAGAAGCCUGGCGAAACGCCGAAGGAGAACGACUACGCGACUUUGCGACGGAAGCAGCAGCAAUCUGCUAA